CCGGUAUAUACCACUCUGGUGUUUCUAUGCGGCGGUUGACUCUAGGAGCUUUCCCAAACAUUUAUGACUUAUGGUUAUGGCUACUAGCAGCACCACGGCGGCCGCAGAGCCUCCUGGGUUAGAGACACAGCACCGAGAGAUCGAGAGUUUAAUCCAGGAGCAGGAGCUCCGGCUCGGGGACUGCUGGUAUCUGGUGAGCAGAAGAUGGUUCGGGUUGUGGAGCGAGUACGUGAAGAGCGGCGACCAGAACUCGCCGUCGUUUCCUGGAAAGAUCAACAACGUAGAUCUGUUUGAGGAUUUGGACUCGUACAGGUUGAAAGAGAGGCUGGUAGAGCAUGAAGACUUCAUCCUGGUGCCCGCAGAAGCCUGGCGUAAACUGCUGUCGUGGUAUGGCCUGGAGGAGGACCAGCCUGCUAUUGAAAGAAAGGUCAUUGACCUUCCCAGUACACUGAAAAUUGAGAUCUAUCCUGUGGAAAUCUUGUUGUGUCUGCACAGUGACGUGGACAACGCGGUAACGGCUCAGUUUAGCCGAGCAGACACCUUACUCAGCAUUCAGAAGGUGAUACAGAAGGAGUUUCAGGUUGCAGAUGACGCUGAGCCACGGCUGUGGAUGAAAAGCUCCAGUAACUGCGAGAGGCUACGAAACAUCCACAUGACUGUGCUUGAUGCCUGUAUCAUCACGGGCAUGACGGUGAUCUUGGAGUUAAGGAAUGCAGACGGCACAUGGCCCAGCUCCAGACCGCAGAUCAUGAGAAACUCUAUGGACGAGCAGGACCUGUAUCAAGGCCAGCCCGGAGUGUGUGGUCUCACUAACCUGGGCAACACCUGCUUCAUGAACUCUGCUCUACAGUGUCUGAGCAACACCCCCCCACUGACCGAGUACUUCCUGAAGAACCUUUACAUAGACGAGCUGAACUUCACCAACCCUCUGGGCAUGAAGGGCGAGAUCGCAGAGGCGUACGCCGACGUCAUUAAGCAGAUGUGGUCGGGAAGACACUAUUCUGUAGUGCCACGUGCUUUUAAAACGAAGGUGGGCCAUUUUGCGUCCCAGUUCCUGGGUUACCAGCAGCACGACUCCCAGGAACUUCUGUCCUUUCUGUUAGACGGCCUGCACGAGGAUCUGAACCGCGUCAAGAACAAAGUCUACAUUGAGCUCAAGGAUGCAGACGGCAGACCAGACCAGGAAGUAGCAGAGGAGGCGUGGUGUAACCACAGGCGACGGAACGACUCUGUGAUCGUAGACACGUUUCAUGGGCUCUUUAAAUCCACGCUGAUCUGCCCCGAGUGCGCAAAGGUGUCCGUGACAUUCGACCCUUUCUGCUACUUGAGCGUUCCCCUGCCCAUCAGCAAGGAGAGGGUCAUGGAGGUGUUCUUUGUCUCCCUUAACCCUCUGGACAAACCUUUGCAGUACAGAGUGGUUGUACCCAAAGCUGGCCGAGUGAUGGACUUGUGCACUGCUCUGUCUCAAGCCACCGAUGUCUCAGCAGAGAAGAUGGUAGUGGCGGAUGUAUUCAACCAUCGCUUCUACAAAAUCUAUAACACAGAUGAGUCUCUCAGCCUCAUACUGGACAGAGAUGACAUCUUUGUGUACGAGCUGAACAGCAGCGGCACUAUGGAUCAGGACGAGGAGGAGGUGCUGCUGGCUGUUUACCUGCGCGAGCGCUCCAACUACAGAGACUACGGCUCAGGCGGAAACAGCUACAGCACGUCACUGUUCGGCCACCCGCUGCUGAUGGCUCUGCCACGUGCACAGUGCACCAGGGAAGACCUCUACCAGCUCUUUCUCCAGCGGCUGAUACGAUAUGUGCGUCAGCCAGACCCGACGGAGGAAGUGGACGAGGAGGAAGAGGAGGAAGAAGAAGAAGAAAACGGUAGCGAAGAGAAUGAUGACGAGGACGAGAUCUACAAAAAUCAGACCAAUGGACUGAGUGGAGAUGAGGCAGAGGAAGAGGCUGAGGAAGAAGCUGAGGACGCAGGGCCACCCAAGACGGAAGAGCCUUCCCAGCAGAACAGCACUCAGGUGGAAGCGAGCCCCGGCAGCGGGGUGGAGGUGAAGGUGGAGGACGAGCAGUCGAACAGUAAAGGCAGCCGGGAUGGCAGCAACGAGGAGAGCCAGUCGGCAUGCGGCAGCACGGACAACACCUGCCAAGCCGCAGCAGACGGGCAGAAUUCUGGGAAAGAGGAAGAGGACAGGGACGAGGAUGACGGAGAGUGCGGUGCGCCUGUCACUCAGGCGAAGACCAGGAUGACUGCAAGACGGCACUGUGCUGAGAAAAGAAGGAAGCCACUGUUUACUAUACAGGCUGUGAACUCCAACGGCACCACAGACCGAUGCAUUGGGGACGGAAACAGUGCGCUUUCCUUCAGCAAUCAGCUGUACGUGGCUAUUGACUGGGACCCUGACAUGAAAAAAAAAUAUUACGAUGACACCGAGGCAGAGAAAUAUUUAAAAGACAAGAGCAUGGACGUCCCACAGCAGCAAACCACAGUGGAUCUGCAGGAGUGUAUCGAACUUUUUACCACCGUUGAGACACUUGAGGAGGAAAAUCCCUGGUACUGCCCAACCUGCAAGAAGCACCAGCUCGCCACUAAGAAGUUGGAUCUGUGGUCUCUUCCUGAGGUUCUCAUUAUCCACCUGAAACGCUUCUCAUACACCAAGUACUCCCGUGAGAAGCUCGACACCAUCGUCAACUUCCCUCUCCGGAAUCUGGACUUUUCCGACUGCCUCCUGAGGAAGACCGGGAACGACUCGGAACCUCCCAGCAGAUACGACCUCAUCGCUGUGUCUAACCACUACGGCGGGCUCAGAGACGGACACUAUACCAGCUAUGCUCAGAACAAGGACAACGGCCAGUGGUAUUAUUUUGACGACAGUAAAGUGACCUACGCAAAGCAAGAACAAAUUGUGACCAACGCUGCCUACCUGCUGUUCUACCAUCGCCAAGACAAGAUGCGGCACCCCGCCCUGCCUUGUGCUGAUAAUCACGCUGCUUCCACCAACCACGACGGACCAGGCGGGGCCAUGGAGAUAGACUGAAACGGCCCUGUUUUUGUUCUCCUUUUGCCUUCCUUCCUUCUAUUCGUCUCCCUCUAUCUUUAUGUUCUUUCCUGCUCUCAGGUUGAUGAGGGACCUUUUUUUUGUGCAAAAAAAGAAAAAACUUGAACCUUCUGCCUUUUCAUUACCGAGAAACAGGAAGUGAGAGGCAGAGGCUACUCUCUCAGGCUGGUGCACAGGCAUCAUGGGUAAUGCAGGAGACUGUAAAGGCUGUAGUCAUUCCUUCACAAGAAGCUGUAGGGACAAGUUUGUCUAGUCGAGGCUGAACGUGUGCGUGUUUUUUUUCCCUCGUGCAUGACUUAGAGCUUGUGUUCAUAAAAAUGUCGAACUGCUUCACUGCCUGUGACAGGCAUACAAGCUGCACUCUCACUUUAAACCUUUUAGACAUUCAAACUUCCACAUUUUACAAGAUAACUGCGUUUUUACUUUAUGAAACCUAAACCUACUGUAAAAAAAAAAAAAAAAAAAAAGAACACCUUUAAAGUGUAUAAAUAAUAUAUUAAGAAACCUUAACUACGACACCUUUCACUGCACUGGCUGCUUUCAGGUUUUACCUCAAACUGACACCUGGCAGAAAGUUUAAUCGAACACAGUGCUGUGUAUAAUCGAAGCUGUUUGUUUGGCGAUUUAUCCAAAGUCAGGAGCGACACUUUCUAGAGCAACAGUUAAAUGGAAACUGAGGCACUGCAGCUUUUUUUUUAUUAUUAUUAAUUAAUAAAUAAUUUACAAAAAAAAAUUCUCAUAAAUGUUCAAAUGUCACGAUAGAUACCCUUAGACUUUGAUUAGAAGUCAGCGUGUCGUAAACGAGGUAAACAUUACGAAAAUCAGCUGUAGUGAUCAAACAUUGUAUACCGAAGUCUUUAUUUGACCCGUUUGUGUCCCCCACCCCCCGGAGUAAUGCAGGGUUAAAGGACCUUUUCUUAAGGGCCCAACAGUGGAAACAAGGUGGAUCAGGGGCGAGACCUUCAGCAGUAACUCAGGACUUUAACACACUAAUCUUCAAUCGCAGCGAGUAGAUUUAGGUUUUAAAAAACAAAACUAUUUUGGUGAAUCUCUUUAUUCUGCGUCUUGAAUAUUAAAAUUGAACAUUAAGCGACUUUUAAUUCCUUUUACAGCUUACAAGUUAUUAGAGUGCUGUAGCUAGAUGUUUUAAAGAUACCAGCACCAUCACCUCAGAUUCUUCUCCAAAGCCUUUUUUUUUUUUUUUUUUUUUUAAGACUUCGAUAUAAAAAUACACCAUUCUGAUCUCUAGGUUGUUUUUUUUUUUUUUUAUUAGAUACGCACCCUUAGGAUUGUUUCAGACUGUUUCCGUUUUACUGUAAAUCUUUCAAGGUGUCAAAUAGGAUUGAUUUUAUCACGACCUUUUACAUUCUAUUCAACCAAACUGACCCCAAGGCUUUUUGUUUUGUUUUCCAAGUGUUCAGCUUCAUGCUGUGUUUCUGUUUUUUU